AUGCGAUUAUCCUGGUGGCAACAACAUAUUUCGAUAUUAGUCUUCUUCAUUUCGCUUUUCCUUGUCAAUUUUGCAGAAUGCGAGCAGCAGUGUCCAGCGCUAGGUAAGUGCACUUUUUUGGAAUAAAAAAGGGCAGGGACGACAAAAAAGAAGGCUGAAACAAGAGAAAAGGUGAAUUUUUCCGUUGUUUUGUUUUCGGUGAAAAAAUUCUGUUUUCAAUCAUCUUUGAAGUGAAGCAAAAAUUGUACACACAAAAACACACGACACCUUUAUUUUGCUGAAAUCUGAGAACUCAUCAACAUUAAGCGAAAGCAGUAACUUAAAUAACUUUGCUUUUAAACGAAAACAAGUGAAAAAAAUGAGAAAAAUACAUGAAUACAACUGAAAAUUGUGCUACAGUAGUUUGUUGCGUCAGCGACUCGCAGUUUUUUGGACAAUUUAUCAAGGUUUCAGUGACGUGACCCGUAGUUUGUAUAUUUCAUUUCGAACUUUUUUAUGCGGAAAAUAUUUUCACAUUUUUUUGAAAAUUACAAUAAAAAAUCAGCUGUUGAUUCAAAAAACAGGUUUUUCGGCGCAAUAAUUUUGCACGAUUAAUCGAUUUUUCCAGCUGAUUCUGAUACGCCUAAAACCACAAUUAUAUUUUUCAGGUCCCGGAAUUGCCAACAAAACAUGUCCUGCUUUCAAAGAUGAUCCAAAAGCCACAUUUUGUUGUAUAUCAAAACUUCCAAGUGGCACCAUUGGUCAUAAAGAACGAUAUUACUAUUGUUGUGGCGAGGAAGAAUUUGAAAAACAGAAGAAAGAAGUGGCGGAUGCUGAAUUUCGGAAUUUCUUCAAAGAGUGAGUUGUUUUUUAUUUAUCCUUGAAAAUCUUCAAAACAAAAAUUUAAAACAAUAUGAUGAUGUCUCUGACAAGACAAGAAGAAGCAUCUGUUUUUCGCUGUGUGUCACACUUACACGCGAUAUAAAAUUUAUGAAUUUCCUCCUCUGUCUCCCUAUGUUUUAGGGUCAAUUUUUCAUGAAUAUUUGAGCGUUUUUCUGAGGUGUCCCCCACAGUAUCCGUUUUUAUUGUUAAGCCGGAAAAGUAUAUACGGUCAUUCAAACAUUUGAAGCUUUUUUCUUGACAAAAAAGUCGACAAAUCAAAUUUGUUUCGAAAAUCCAAAUCCGGAAACUCUCUCUCCACAUCUACAAAGUUUCUUCUUCUUCUUCUUUCUUUUUCUACGCCUUUCUUGUAAAAAAAUAAGAAAAGCCCAAGGGAGCCAAAAAAUCAAGGCUAGUAGUGAAAAAAACAUUUUUCUCGCCUCAUAUAUUCCCCAAAGUGAUUUUUUUGAUUUAUACAUGCUCGAAAAACACGGAGGCACAAAAAACCGCCAUGAAUUUUGUUAGGCGCGUGCGACAAAAAUCCCAAGAGAUCAGGUCAAAAAGAUGAAUUGAGAAACUGAAAAAGUACGCGCGACGGCAAGAAUUAAACAUUUAUGAGAGCAAUUUCUCACACUUAUUAACUCAAUUAUUCCGCACAAUUUUUUUGCGCUCUUCUUAUUCUCGACUUUUUCGAGUGAUGCAGAAAUUGUGUAAGAUGAAAAAAAAAGUUGUUUUAUAUGACUUUUUGAUGGAUGAGCAAUUAAGACAUUUUUCUGCAAUGAGCAAUGCAUUGAACCAGGAAAUGUUGGAGACAAAAAAGAAGAAAAAAUUGAUGAGAAAAGUAGAAAAGGUAAUUUGGAACACGCAUUCCAAUUUUAUUUGGCUGAAAAGUUGCAAGACAUUUAAAGAUUUCAUGGUUUUGGUUUAGGGGGUAAUCCUGAAAGAAUGAUUGAGCCUUCAGAAACGAUAAAGCUCUAGGUCAGGCUGUCAGGCCCGCGAACCUAUGUCCUUCUGUUUGAUUUUCCAAUUACCCACCCAGUGUUUUUCAAAUUCCUCAUUCCCAAUUUCGAUCAAAGAUUAUUCAUACCAUGGAUUAUUUUCCCUCUCCCAAAAUUUUCUCACUAUAUCUAUUAUUCUGUUUUUUCACGCGUUUCCUAUUUUCUUCUUCUUCUUCCGUUCAUUCACAAAACAAAAAACACGAAACCAAAAAUAUAUAUACAAAUAUACAUAUACAAAUGAAUGGUCAGUGUGUCCAGCAAACAACAAAAAACUCAUGAAUACUAUAAUAGCCUAUUUUGUGUUGUUCUGUUCUGUUUUUUUUUGGAAAACGAAAACCAAAAAAAAAAUGGAAAAGCAAAACAAAAAGUCUGGAAAUAAUGUUUUAGGCAGUCAAAAGAAAUUUGAUAGUUUCGGAGAAAUUUAAAACAUUUCCUCUCGUUUUCCGCAGCUUGUUUUAGUGCAAACAGGUGUUUGGUUGAAUUUUAUUUAUUAUCCCGGAUGACUUUGAUCGCAUUUUUCCAAAAAACAAUAUCAUUGAGUAGUUUAGAGUUUUGUACUUUACUUUUCUUCCCAAAAAUUCAAUUAUCGUCUGCCACUAACUCAUAAUUACUUGGACCCAGAGACCACACUGCAUGCACAAAAAUUCAAUUAAUUUAUCUCGCCCCACAUUUUUUUGUGUGGCGUGUUUCACUCUCUCUCAUUCUGAGUAACCAAAAAAUGAACAAAAAUUCCUCGGGGGAUUAUAUGGUGAAAUUCAUCAACUUUGAGAGAAGCAAGAAAGGCCUUCUUUGUAUGUGUGUCCGCCAAAAAUUUUUUUUUGUUUGUCGAACCAAAAUUGAAUUCGUCAAGGAAGGAAAAAACGGGGGCAAAAAAGAAGCAACCACAUACACAAAGAAGACACACACACACACGCACAUUUUGGUGCUAAUUAAAUUGCUGGGUCAACUGAGGGAGAGCACAUUGAAAAACAUGGAGGAAUUUCGAACGAAGCAACAGAAAAAUUUCGUGUGUAUGUAUGUGCCACUAACAAACUCGGGGAGGUUUUUUGAAACUUUUGUGGUGAUUUCGGAAAAAAAAAGAUUGGUUAGAAAGACAUCGGAGGUUGGGGAUGUGAACUUAUCGGAGGAAAUUAUUCUUGACAUAGAUUUUUCUUGACUUAUGAGGUUGAGAUUUUGUAUUAGACCCAAUUCGAAUUGAAGCAUUAUAUGACAAUAAUUUGAUUUUCAAAUUAAAUUCGAAGCGAACAUCAUUCAGAUCUCACAAUAAAUAUUCUAGAAAAUGUUCCCGAAAACUCUUCAAAUCAGAUAAUCACCGUGUUCCUAUCUAAUCUUCCAAUAAAACAGCAAAAACAAUCAUCGAACACAUUCGAAACCAAUGAUUUUUAUUAGCUAAUUCCAAACAAACUCGCUUUUUUCCCGUGUUAACAACCUCAACCUCGAUGAUUUUUUUCUUUUUUUUUUUCUUCUGUCUGCGAGGGAACUUUGUACACAAAAAAGAAACGAAAUAAUAACAUAACAAUAACAACAAUAAUAAUAACUUAUUUUCGAGUCCAUCAAAAGCCGGAAAUUGUGCUUCCUGUUAUGAGAAGCGGAAUUUUUUAACUGCCUUGAAAUUUUCGAAAAAAAUAUGAAUAGCAAGGGAGGGAGGGAGAAAAGAUCAGAAAAUGAAAUUAAUUUUUGCAGAUAUUUGGCGUUGAUGAUUUUUGCCUGUGUGCUGGUCGUAUCUCUUGGCGUGAUUUUCAUGGCAAUUUUGUGCAAGAAGAUUCCAGGAUGUCCAAUGUAUCGAAGCAUGCAUAGUGAGUUUUUUUUUCCACGUCAUAACUCUUACCCAAUCAAACAUCUAAUUUUCAGUGAUGUCUCGACCUGUCGAUUCACCCGCAGCUUUAUACCGUCCGGUAGAUCAAAUACCACCAAAAAUGUACGAAGCUCCACCACCGUAUGAAUGUUUUGUCCCUCCACCGAUUCCGACAACAUCAUCAACUUCUACACAACAAACCACAACCUCAUCCGAUUCGAAUGAUUGGAAUUGUAUACUAGAAAAUGAAGUGAAUAGCUCACGAAGAACACCUCCACAAGUGUCAUAA